AUGGAGAAUUUCGCGCGUCACUUUUUCUCACGCACAACUGCAAACACACACACAAAUAUGCUUCGAACGAGAUCAACAAAACACGCAUCAUCGACUUUAGCAGCGGCGGCUUCGAAAAGAGUUAUUCUCUCUGUCUCCUCCUCCAGAACGUUCGUUGGGAGUUUUGAGGAGGAGGACUUUGAUGACGAGAGAAGAAGAGGAAAGAUGAUGCGUUCUCGACACCAACAACUGAAUCCAAUUGGAUCCUACUCAUCAUCAUCAUCAUCAUCAUCAUCAUCGAGCGUGAAGAAGUCCUCGUUCUGUAGGGCUCGUUUUUCGACGAGAAGCAAUACUAACGAUGACAUUGAUAAUAAUAAUGUUAUUAUUAUUAAUAAUAAUCUACGACUUCGUCGCCAAUUCUUUAAUUCGUUUAGAGGAUACGCGAGUAGUAGUAAUAGUACUAGCAAAAGUAGUAGUAACAACAGUAGUAGCGAGAAGAAAAAUGAUUCAUCAUCGGGUGCUUUAACCAUCGAGGAGGACGAGGAAUUCGACGAGAUAACCGAUAAAUGGAUACCGGAGAAACCAGUGACGAAAGCGGAAACGGCGGGGUAUUCCGUGGUGAUCGUGCUUGGGUUAGGGUUAGCCGCCUCGGCUUUAUUUUUCGCCAGCAAAGAGUUAUUCAUGAGUCCGAAAGAAUACGUGGCGUUUAACGCGGCUUUGAAACAGAUCGAGUUGGACCCGCGAGUCACGUCGGCGCUCGGCGAGAGCAUCACCGGGUACGGGAGCGAAUCGAGAAAUCGAAGUCAGCGACAAAGAAUUCCACACACGAUCGUGAGAGACCCGGCGAGUGGGAGAGAGGUGGUGAGAGUGCAAUUUCACGCGAGAGGGGCGAGAGGGAACGCGACGGUGCACGCGGAGUACGAUCCGAGCAACGCGGAGGAACCGUUUGGGUAUUUGAUUGUUGACGUGGAGAGACCGAGAUCGAUGCGGUUGGUUGUGAAAGAGCCAAGACAGAGGCGCUCGAUUAUGGGACCAGGUACGAGUUUAGUAGGGUAA